CCAUAAACCGGGGCGAUAUAUAAAUCGAGGUAUCAGUUUAGUCUUGGAGAUCAAAGCGGUUGGACGUUAGGUUAAGACACAUUUUGGUAGACACAUUUGCCGGUAAACUCGUUUCAUUAUUGGUUGAUCACAUGUAUUCAAAUACAUAUUACGAUGAUCGAUCACGGAUCUGGAAAAUAUUCAUACAGAUAUGGUUUUUCACUCCUUUACUCUUCUACUUGCUGAUGCCUGGAAAGGACCUAGUAAAACUUUCAAAGACAAGAAUAUUUUUUCCAGUUUUCGCUUUUUUCACGGACUCGAGAAUUCCUAUUUGGCAGCGGCUUCAUAAUGACUUUCCUUGCAUCACAUCAAUAUCAAUGACAACGUCGCAUCUAAUAGCGAUCCGACAGAAGCUGGUACAGUCGGAAAGAGCAGAAAGUUGGAGGGCAGUUGACGAACGACUGCGUUGGCACGCGGUGCUUUCGCAUUUCAAUACGAAUAUUGGCUGCCGGUAUCAAGGUCAAGCGACGACGAUAGCUUCGAUCGAAGUUAUUGAAGUAGUCGUAAGCGACGACACUUCGAAAUACACGAAUUACAUCGGUUAGAUCGUCGCCUACAGCAUGCAAGUACGGACGUGUUGGAUAAGGAUCGCGAAG